AGAUGCCGGAAGUGCUGGAGAAACUAAAUGGAUCCUAACACCAUCAGGAGAACGAAAGAACGAGCAGUGAUAAUGGUUUGGCUAUGGAUAAUGUGCCUUCUUGGCCUAGCAUCUUCUCUAGAAGAAAUCCUUUUGGAUACAACAGGAGAGACCUCUGAGAUUGGAUGGACCGCCCAUCCUCCUGACGGGUGGGAUGAGGUGAGUGUCUUGGAUGAUAGGAAGCAUCUGAUUCGAACCUUUGAGGUAUGCAAUGUUGCUGAGCCGGGACAGAAUAAUUGGCUGCGCACUCAUUUCAUAGAGCGUCGUGGAGCCCACAGAGUUCACAUACGCCUCCGCUUUUCUGUUCGUGACUGUGCCAGCAUGAGGACCGUGGCUUCUUCUUGCAAAGAGACUUUUACCCUUUACUAUCAUGAAUCCGAGACUGACCUAGCCACUGCUGAGCAUCCGGAGUGGCACGAGGGCCCCUGGACCAAAGUGGAUACAAUCGCCGCUGACGAGAGCUUCUCUCAGGUGGAUAGCUCUGGAAAGGUGGUGAAGAUGAACAUCAAGGUGCGAAGCUUUGGGCCAUUGACGAAGAGGGGUUUCUACUUGGCCUUUCAAGACUCUGGGGCCUGCAUGUCUCUGGUGGCUGUCCAGGUUUUCUUCUACAAAUGCCCUGCAGUGGUGAAGGGUUUUGCCUCUUUCCCGGAGACGUUUGCUGGAGGUGAGAGGACUUCUUUGGUGGAGGCACCAGGAACUUGUGUGGCCGAUGCAGAAGAAGCCAGCAGUACUGGCUCCUCUGGAGUGAAGUUGCAUUGCAACGGGGAAGGCGAGUGGAUGGUGGCGAUUGGAAGAUGUGCCUGUCGUGCCGGCUAUGAGCCUAUGGACAGUGAGAGAAUCUGCAAAGCUUGUCCCAGAGGCACCUUCAAAGCAUCGGCGGGAGAUGCCCCUUGCAGUCCUUGCCCUAUCCACAGUUAUGCUUCCAUCCCAGGUUCCCGGGAAUGUGGCUGCCAGGCUCACUAUUACCGUGCUUCUUCAGAUGUCUCAGAUGCCCCCUGUACCAGCAUCCCAUCAGCCCCUCGGGAUCUCAGCUAUGAAAUUAUUGGAUCCAAUGUCCUUCUGACCUGGCGUCUCCCAAAGGAUCUGGGUGGUCGAAAGGAUGUUUUCUUCAAUGUCAUCUGUAAAGUGUGUCCGACUGGCUCUCCAGGGCCUUGUGUCCGUUGUGGGGACAGUGUUCAGUUUGAACCCCGGCAGGUGGGACUGACCGAAAGCCGGGUGCAAGUGUCCAACCUCCUGGCUCGUGUUCAGUAUACCUUUGAGAUUCAAGCAGUCAACCUUGUGACUGAACUGAGUCCAGAUUCUCCACAUUAUGCUGCCAUCAAUGUCAGCACCAGCCAGUCAGUCCCUUCUGCUGUCCCUAUGAUGCAUCAGGUGAGUCGCACCCCAAGCAGCAUCACUUUGUCCUGGCCACAGCCUGACCAGCCAAAUGGAAUCAUCUUGGACUAUCAACUGCGCUAUUUUGACAAGUCAGAAGAUGAGGACACUUCAUUCACCUUAACCAGUGAGACUAAUAUGGCCACCAUCUCCAGUCUAAGCCCAGGGAAGAUAUAUGCUUUCCAAGUACGAGCCCGGACAGCAGUGGGUUAUGGGCCCUAUAGUGGAAAGAUGUAUUUCCAGACUCUUGUAGGAGGUGAGCGCUCUGAGAUGGUUCAGGAUCGGUUGCCUCUUAUUGUAGGCUCGGCAUUGGGUGGACUCGCCUUCAUGGUAAUUGCUGCCAUUGCCAUCCUGGCCAUUGUCUUUAAAAGUAAGAGACGAGAAACUCCAUACACAGAUCGCCUACAACAGUACAUAAGCACUCGGGGCCUUGGGGUCAAAUAUUACAUUGACCCUUCUACCUAUGAAGACCCCAAUGAAGCUAUUCGGGAAUUUGCCAAGGAAAUUGAUGUGUCUUUUGUCAAGAUAGAGGAAGUCAUUGGAUCAGGAGAAUUUGGAGAGGUGUGUUUUGGCCGCCUGAAGCCUCCAGGGAAGCGUGAAUACAUGGUGGCUAUUAAAACCCUGAAGGCCGGCUACACUGAUGAGCAGCGGCGGGAAUUUCUAAGUGAGGCCAGCAUCAUGGGACAAUUUGAGCAUCCAAAUGUCAUCCGCCUUGAAGGUGUGGUCACCAAGAGCCGCCCCGUCAUGAUUGUCACUGAGUUCAUGGAGAAUGGUUCUCUGGAUUCCUUCCUCCGGCAAAAAGAAGGUCAGUUCAGCAUGUUGCAGCUAGUUGGCAUGUUGCGGGGCAUAGCAGCAGGCAUGCGUUAUCUCUCAGAUAUGAAUUAUGUUCACCGGGAUUUGGCUGCCCGCAAUAUCCUGGUCAACAGCAACUUGGUUUGCAAAGUAUCAGAUUUUGGCUUGUCAAGAUUCUUAGAAGACGAUGCUUCAAACCCAACCUACACUGGGGCCUUGGGUGGCAAGAUUCCCAUUCGUUGGACAGCUCCAGAGGCUAUCCAGUACCGCAAAUUUACAUCCUCAAGUGAUGUCUGGAGCUAUGGUAUUGUAAUGUGGGAAGUCAUGUCCUAUGGAGAGAGACCCUACUGGGACAUGUCCAAUCAAGAUGUAAUCAAUGCUAUCGAUCAGGAUUAUCGUCUUCCACCACCUCCGGACUGCCCUACUGUUUUGCACCUGCUGAUGUUGGAUUGUUGGCAGAAAGAACGGGUCCAGAGGCCGAAAUUUGAGCAGAUAGUCAAUGCCCUAGACAAGAUGAUUCGCAAACCAUCUGCUCUCAAAGCGACUGGCACGGGAAAUAGCAGACCGUCCCAACAUCUACUAAGCAACUCGCCCCCAGACUUCCCUUCACUCUCCAAUGCCCAUGAAUGGCUGGAUGCCAUUAAGAUGGGACGUUACAAGGACAACUUUGACCAAGCUGGCCUGGCUACAUUUGAUGUCAUCUCACGCAUGACUUUAGAAGAUAUCCAGCGCAUUGGCAUCAGCCUGGUUGGUCAUCAGAAGAAAAUCCUCAACAGCAUCCAACUCAUGCGGGUCCACCUCAAUCAGCUUGAACCUGUUGAGGUCUGACAAACUGAGAACAAUCCGUUCCCCUUAAAACACAUGGAGAA